AAGUCGUACGCAGUGCCCCUCUUAAAGACUAUCAUCGCAAAUUGCAAGGAGUAACAAAAUGAAAUUAGCGCUCAUCUGCAUAACUGUGAGCAUUCUGCUCAUACAGUUUGCAGAGGUAAAGGCAGAUUUCGAUUUGCAGAAUCUAAAGGAUGGUCCCGUGGAGGAAAUAGUACCCGGAGAUGAUGGUGACACAAUCUGGGAUCCCCAACCGAUGGAGCCGUGUGUCUGUGAGGAUACAACCACAACUAAAAAACCGAGAACAACCACCAAAAGAACCACAACCACAAAACGAACCACAACGACGAAAAGAACCACAACUCGAACCACUAAAAGGACCACAAAACGAACCACCACCACGCCAGCCACUCCGGAUACUACAGAUGCGCCUAUAACGACCACGGAUAGCGGUUGCUCCGAUCAAACUACUACAAGCAGUACCGAUACAUCCACCGCCACAUCCACCGAUACAUCCAGUGACACAAGUACAGUGGUAUGCACCGACAACACAACUCCGUUGUGUACUGAAAUCACUACACAAAGUUGUACCAGUACCCAAGAAACGUCCACUGCAUUACCUACUAGUACCUGUACCGUUGAAACUUCUACGGCGGUUCCUACAUGUCCCUGCAGCGUUCAAACUACAAGUUCCUGUACAACAGCGACUUCCACUGCAGCGACUUCCACUACCCCAACACCAUCUACUUGCACCACGACCACAAUGUCUCCUAUUACAACACCUUCCUCUUGUGCUCCAACAACUACCACUCAAAAAUGCACCACAACUGCGUCUACAUGCGCCCCAACAACUACGACAACUACAACAUCAACCUGCGCCCCAACAACUACCACACCAAUAUGCACAACAACAUCGUCCACAAGUCUCCCAACAACUACCACUCAAAGAUGCACAACAACAGCAUCUACCUGUACCUCUACUACUACAACAACUCCAAGAUGCACAACAACCGUAACGACGUGUGCCCCAACAACUACCACCCCAGUUUGCACAACAACAUCAUCCACAAGUCCCCCAACAACUACCACUCAAAGAUGCACAACAACGGCAUCUACCUGUGCCCCAACGACUACCACUCCAAAGUGCACUACAACAGCAUCCACAUGUGCACCAACCACUACUACUACUCCAAGAUGCACAACAACCGUAUCCACGUGUGCGCCAACAACUACCACUCCAGUAUGCACAACAACAGCAUCUACCUGUGCCCCAACCACUACUACUACUCCAAAGUGCACUACAACAGCAUCCACAUGUGCACCAACAACUACUACGACUCCAAGAUGCACAACAACCGUAUCCACGUGUGCCCCAACAACUACUACAACUCCAAGAUGCACAACAACCGUAUCCACGUGUGCCCCAACCACUGCCACUCCAGUAUGCACAACAACAGCAUCUACGUGUACUCCAACAACUACCACUCCAAAGUGCAGUACAACAGCAUCCACAUGUGCACCAACAACUACUACAACUCCAAGAUGCACAACAACCUUAUCCACGUGUGCCCCAACAACUACUACUACUCCAAAGUGCACUACAACAGCAUCCACAUGUGCACCAACAACAACUACUACUCCAAGAUGCACAACAACCGUAUCCACGUGUGCCCCAACCACUGCCACUCCAGUACGCACAACAACAGCACCUACGUGUACCCCAACAACUACCACUCCAAAGUGCACUACAACAGCAUCCACAUGUGCACCAACAACUACUACAACUCCAAGAUGCACAACAACCGUAUCCACGUGUGCCCCAACAACUACUACAACUCCAAGAUGCACAACAACCGUAUCCACGUGUGCCCCAACAACUACUACAACUCCAAGAUGCACAACAACCGUAUCCACAUGUGCACCAACAAUUUCUACUACUCCAAGAUGCACAACAACCGUGUCCACGUGUGCCCCAACAACUACUACAACUCCAAGAUGCACAACAACCGUAUCCACGUGUGCCCCAACAACUACUACUACUCCAAGAUGCACAACAACCGUAUCCACAUGUGCACCAACAACUUCUACUACUCCAAGAUGCACAACAACCGUAUCCACGUGUGCCCCACCAAUUACUACAACUCCAAGAUGCACAACAACCGUAUCCACGUGUGCGCCAACAACUACCACUCCAGAAUGCACAACAACAGCAUCUACCUGUGCCCCAACGACUACCACUCCAAAGUGCACUACAACAGCAUCCACAUGUGCACCAACAACUACUACUACUCCAAGAUGCACAACAACCGUAUCCACGUGUGCCCCAACAACUACCACUCCAGUAUGCACAACAACAGCAUCUACGUGUACCCCAACAACUACCACUCCAAAGUGCACUACAACAGCAUCCACAUGUGCACCAACCACUAUUACAACUCCGAGAUGCACAACAACCGUAUCCACGUGUGCCCCAACCACUACUACUACUCCAAGAUGCACAACAACCGUAUCCACGUGUGCUCCAACAACUACUACUACUCCAAAGUGCACUACAACAGCAUCCACAUGUGUACCAACAACUACUACUACUCCAAGAUGUACAACAACCGUAUCCACGUGUGCCCCAACAACUACUACAACUCCAAAGUGCACUACAACAGCAUCCACAUGUGCACCAACAACUACUACAACUCCAAGAUGUACAACAACCGUAUCCACGUCUGCCCCAACAACAACUACCACUUCAGUAUGCACAACUACAGCAUCCACAUGUGUCCCAACAAGUACCACUCCAAUGUGCACUACAACAACACCGACAUGUACUUCACAAACAACACCAACGCCUGGUCCCACAACGACUCCAACGAUUUGUACGACAACCCCAGCGAUUACCAUACCCACGACAACCAGGACAACACCUCGUCCGAUAACCACGACGCGUCGUCCUUGUCCCUGCCGGCCCCAACCUCCCAGCCAGAUCCCGCCCUGGUCUUGGUUGUACCCCUACCCAUCUUACCCCAACCCCUGGUGGCCCUGGCAGCCCAGCCCGAAUAUCCCGCAGUGGCCACAGUUACCGGGUAACAUGCCGUAUCCUCAGUGGCCAUGGCCUCAGUGGCCAAGACCACCAGUAGUGACCCCCACAUCCGACGAAUGUGAAAACAUUUGCGAAAACCUAUUGAAGGGUGUGAAGUACCAGGAAGAUCUUAUCAGAAGAUGCUUGUGUCCACGUUCAUAAUUAAGUAAGAGGUUUUUAAAAUAUAUAUGUUAUUAGUUUAAUUGAAAAAUUGUUAAAUUGUAUUUUGCUUUAAUUAAAUGUUUGUUA